AAUAAAUGUUCCUCGUGCCGUUUAAAAUAUUUUUUUCGGUUCGAAUCUCGGUUGGUACUCCUAUAUGGUCAAUGGGGGGUAUUUCGUACCCUUCUUUUUUGGUUUUCACGGCGAAAUAAUCAGGCUCGCACGGGCAACAAGGGUGUUUCCGGGGGAGGGCAAAUGGGAGGCGCCAAAAAUCGGGUUUUCCCCGGUAUUUGUCGAAUUCAGUCGGGAUUUUUGCACUGUCCAGGACUUGUUUUUCCUCGUUUAUGUUUCGGAGACCUUCGGAGUAGUUCACGAGGAGGUUUCCGGGUUCUAGGUGCAAUUUUUCGGCGAGUUUUGACUGGACUUUUCGCCAUUCUUGCGUCCAAGAUGACCAAUUUUUCAGCGGAUUUUCGACUUUGUCACAAUUUUCGUGGUCGCCUGACAUUUUAUUUUCACAUGUCAAGUGUCAACAAAUUUCUUGUGCUAUAUCAAUGGACGGUGAAUAUCUAGCCGAUGGUCCCCGCUUUAUUCAGACACUCACCGACACUGAAACCGUCUACGAAUCACCCAUUGACAUAAACAUAAGCAACGCAAAGGAGAUACAAGUGCCCCCCUUGACUUGGCACAAUCUAGACUUGCCCCCCAAAAAAAUGAAAGUCACAAAUUCGGGCUACACUUUAAUAUUGAGCGCAAAAUGGCACCAAGAGAGGCCCUACCUUUCCGGAGGACCCCUCCUGGGCAACUACGUUUUCUCCCAAUUGCACUUCCAUUGGGGUAAAAACGAUGGAGAAGGGAGUGAACAUACCAUAGAUGGGGUCCGGUACCCCAUCGAAAUGCAUGUGGUGUUCUUCAAAGCCAACUACCUGACCCAGGAAUCGGCUUUAAAAGAGAAAGACGGUAUUGUGGUCCUUGUUUACAUAUUCAAACUUCAAGGUGCUAAAAAUGAGGCGUUUCAACUCUUGAUUAACAAUAUUAUGGAAGUCCAAAAACCGCACACUUCGCGCAAGUUGGAGCCUUUGCCUUUGAGUCAUUUUGUGAAGAGGUUUGAUCAGGAUUAUUUGUUGUAUUGGGGUUCGGUGACCACCACUGUGUGUCUUCACUAUAUUUUGUGGUUGAUUUCGCGAGAACCGGUGGGGGUUGCAGCUGAACAAGUUGAUGAAUUGAGGUCGAUGUUGGAUGCCAAUGAGGAGCUUUUGCAAGGAAAUUUUCGGGAGGUUCAAUCCGGGAGGUCUCAGGUGUUUCACGCGAAUCCUUCCGGGUCCAAAUAUGCAACACUGCUUGCUCUGCCUUGAUGUAAUCAAAUAAUUUUCGUUCGGUAUUCUUCUUUAUUUAGACAUGUGUAAAUUUUCUAAUGAAGUUCUAGUAUAUACAUAUUGCAUUAUACAACGUUUGUACAUAAAUAAAGAUUACAUUA